AUGAGAUCUCUCGUAGAUCUCGAAAAUCGCCUUCAAAUGAAGCAAGAGACUGCUAAUGAAAUAGUAAAUGAGAUAGAAAAUGACGCAAAGAUUGUCAAACCAGCGAAUGUCUUCCAACAGAAGUUUGAUAGUCGUCAGGCGCAAUACGAUAAUAAAACUGCGCGUCAAAAGUAUACAAAUAACAGUAAAAUUCAAUCUUAUUACAAUGCUAUUUGGGCUGUAUCCAAACCUGACGAGGUUGUACCAAAUAUUAAGAAACUGAUACCUAGGGAGGAUGAUGAUUCAGAUGACGAUGACUCUGAUAUCGAGAUAGGUAGUAUGCGUCAAAAUUUCAAUGACCCUAUCACGCUCGGUCUUUUCCAGAAUCCAUAUACUUCCACGAAAUGUAAUCACUCCUACUCAUUUGAAUCAAUUAAAGCCUAUCUAAAUGGUUCAACAAAGCUAUGCCCCUAUAGUGGUUGUAGAAGUAGCAUUGCAAUGCGUGAUCUGAAAGAAGAUCAUAGAUUAGCUAAGAGAGUACAGCAAAUCGCUAGUAGAGAUGCUGAAGAGGAACAUUACCAUCAAAUUGACGCUGAAGACAAUUAA